AUGGCGGCUCCAAGUGUCCCACUCACCACCAUCCAAACCACCACCACCGACCGCCGCUUUGCGAGCCACCCCACCAUCUCGCUCAUCGACCAGUGCUCGACGCCCCACCAGAUCAAGCAAAUCCACGCCCAAAUGCUCCGGGCCGGGCUCUUCUCCGACCCGUUUUCCGCCAGCAAGCUCCUCCACUCGUCCGCCUUCUCCGAGUCCCCCAGCCUUCGCUACGCCCGCCAAGUGUUCGACCAAAUUCCCCAACCAAAUCUCUACUCCUGGAACGUUCUCCUUCGAGCCUACGCAUCCUCCUCCCAGCCCAUUGACUGUCUCCUUGUGUUCAUUCGCCUGCUUCAAGAAUGUGUCGAGAGGCCCAACAAGUUUACAUACCCUUUCGUGAUCAAUGCUUCGGCCCAGCUUGCUGACUCGGGUCUCGGUAGGGUGAUUCACGGGAUGGCGGUCAAGGAAGGUUUCAGUUCAGAUUUGUUUGUGAAUAACUCGCUGAUUCAUUUCUAUUGUGAGUGUGGGCUUUUGGAUGCGGCCCGUCGGGUAUUUGCAGGCAUGCCCGAGAGGGAUGCAGUUUCUUGGAACUCGAUGAUCAAUGGGCUUGCGCAGAACAGUUUUGCUAACGAGGCGACAGAGUUCUUUUUGCGAAUGGAUUGGGAAAUAGGUGUGAAGCCGAAUGAUGUCACGUUGGUGGGUUUGUUGUCCGCUUGCGGGAAGAAGGCAGAUUUAAAGUUUGGAAAAUGGGUGCAUUCUUACAUAACGAAGAACGGAAUCGAACCAAAUCUGAUUCUGUGUAAUGCGAUUCUCGAUAUGUAUGCCAAGUGUGUGAGCAUGAAGGACGCUAGAAAUCUUUUUGACAGGAUGAACACGAUGGAUAUCAUUUCGUGGACAACCGUUUUGGCUGGAUAUGCAAAGUCGGGAGAUUUUAACUCAGCAAUGGAUCUAUUCGAGUCCCUACCCAAAAAAGAUAUUGCUGCGUGGAACGCCCUCAUCUCGGGUUACGAACAAAACGGUAAUCCUAUGGGGGCAAUAGCCAUUUUCAACGAGUUACAGCUCAGCAAGGCCACGAGACCCAAUGAGGUCACCCUUGUGAGCAUAUUGUCCGCGUGUUCUCAGCUGGGCGCUUUGGAUUUAGGCAUUUGGGCCCACAUUUACAUAAAGAGGGAAAAUGUGAGGUUAAAUUGCCACCUUGCGACUGCAUUGAUCGACAUGUAUUCCAAGUGUGGGGACCUAAAGAAGGCGCUCGAGGUUUUUAAUUCGGUCGAUAAAAUUAAAAGGGACACGUUUGUUUGGAGCUCGAUGAUUGCCGGAUUGGGCAUGCACGGGCGUGGCAAGGACGCUAUAGAGGUUUUCUCGAAAAUGCAAGAAGCUAAAGUUAAGCCUACUUCAAUUACUCUCAUGAAUUUGUUGUCCGCGUGCAGCCACUCGGGCCUGGCCGAGGAAGGUAGAGAGUUUUUCAAUCAAAUGGAGAGUUUUUAUGGUGUGAAGCCAAGCGUCGAGCACUACGCAUGCAUGGUUGAUAUUCUUGGCCGGGCGGGUUUAUUAGAUGAGGCCGUUGAGUUGAUUGGGAAUAUGUCAGUGAAUCCUAGUGCCUCUGUUUGGGGGUCUCUGCUUGGAGCGUGCAGGCUUCACAAAAAUGUCGAUUUAGCAGAAAAUGCGUGCGAGCGUCUGCUUGCAAUCGAGCCUCAAAACCACGGAGCUUGCGUGCUCUUGUCCAAUAUUUACGCUGAUUUGGGUAAAUGGGACAAAGUUUCUGAGCUGAGGAAAAGAAUGCGGGACGCGGGUUUAAAGAAAGAACCCGGGUGUAGUUUGGUCGAGAUUGGUGGUGCUGUUCAUGAGUUUCUUGUUGGUGAUAUUACACACCCAAUUUCGAGAGAAAUAUACUCUAAACUGGGGGAAAUUGCGGAUAGGCUAAAGUCUUCGGGAUACGUGCCGAGAAAGUCGGAGGUGUUGCAGCUGGUCGAGGAAGAGGAUAUGCGGGAGAAAGCUUUGCAUCUCCAUAGCGAGAGGCUAGCUCUUGCUUUCGGGCUUCUGAGUGAUCGUUCUGGCCGGCCCAUCCGGAUAGUGAAGAAUCUUCGGGUUUGUGGAGACUGUCACGAGGUGAUGAAGCUCGUGUCGGAGGUUUAUGAUCGGGAGAUUGUUUUGAGGGAUCGGUACCGGUUUCACCAUUUCAAGGGAGGGUAUUGCUCUUGUAAGGAUUACUGGUGA